AUGCUCUCCGUACCGGCAAUCGGGAUAGAUUCUGUUAAGCGGUUCAUAUGUGAAGCUGCUAUUGGUGCAGGAUUAGAAAAUGUUAGACUCGUUUUAGAACCAAAGGCCAGGCAACAUUUUGCCUCCGACAAGCCAUUGAAAUUGACAGAGAAAAAGUCAACAGAGAAAUUUGCAAUUGGAUACAAGUACAGUUUUGCUGAACUUGGGGGAGGGACUAUUGAUAUCUGUGUCCAUGAAGAAGUUGACGGUAGAAGACUAUCUGAACUGUACAGGGCAAUUGGUGACCAUGCUGGCAGUACCAGAGUUAACCAUGAGAUCACAAGCGUCCUUGUCAAACUCAUUACCAUGGAACAUGUAGUCGAGGUUGAGCGAAAGGUCUUCGACGCCAGUAAUUGCAGUACACGAAAGCAGGUCGUCGCCUUACUCAACAAUUUGAUAGUAAAGGAGUUCUUUCAUAGUUCUGUGAUUGUAAUCAUGGAAAAUCUGAAGGAGGUAUUAUCUGCUUGUUCUCGGUACAACAUUGCGACCCUGCCUCUAGUUGGUGGAUAUUCAAAGUCUUCAAGAAAGAAUACAGAAAGAUACCCAAAUCGAUAUCGUGAUAGUCGAUGA